UCCGCCAGUUAUUACAAUUAAAUGAAAGGCUGUAUCAACAUUUUGUGUUUUUGUUAUAAUAAUAUUUGAAUUAGAGGAUUGACCGUGUACUUGUUAUAAAAGGACUGAUUUUAUUUAUCAAUUAUAUAUAAUAAAUAAAUACACGAUGUUAGACGCGAUGUUACGUCUUCUUCUUGACCUUCAGCCGAACAGAUAUAUGUUCUACGGAUUGGUGGCCAUCCUGGCUGUGUUGUUAACUGUCAUACUACUGCAGAUUAAUUGGGUCCUGCUGCUGUACAGGGAGAAGGUGGUACCCGCCUUUCUGGUUUUACUGGUGACAGGAGCGCUGGCCGCCGGCGGACACCACUUCCUGUUUCCAGACGCCUGUAAAUGUGGCCUGAACAAGAUUCAAGCGUUUGAGGACAUCCUUCCUGACAACAUCUGGGACCAACCUGUGGCUACGGAGAUGGUGGUAGGGGCACUUAAGGCCCAUCGCUUAGCCCGGAGCCGGAAGCCGCUGUUGUUGUCCUUCCAUGGCGGCACAGGAACCGGAAAGACCGCACUGAGCAUGCUUAUGGCCAAAACUAUGUUUGGGUAUAAGCAUGGAGAAGAAUCUGGCGCCUCGGGGGUUUAUAUAAUUGAUGAACUAGUUGGUGCAUCUAAGGAAGACAAGUUGGAGUAUGUACGGACAACGCUAGAUGGCGCCCUAAGGUCUGGCCGUGGUUCGCUGUUCGUGUUUGAAAGCAUGGAGGCACUACCAGGCAAUACAAGUCAACUACUGAGAACACUACUUGAGGACAGUGAAUCUGAAUAUCCUUGUAAAAAUGAGUCCAUCUUUAUCAUGAACACCCACAUCGGGUCCACUGAACUGGCAGCGGUGGCGCUCAAAUCGUGGCUUGAAGGCGCAGACCGCGAAAGCAUAAAUCGUCGAGAGCUACAGACCGCUAUUACUGUCGCUUCCGGCAACACCGGCAAUCGAUCAGCCCACAGGUGGUACCGGAUAAUGGUCGACCAUGGACUGAUCACCGAGAGUAUUCCUUUCCUGCCGCUCGAGCGCCCUAGCGUCCGCCGCUGCAUUAUCCGCGAGAUGUUCUUUCUUCAUAACAUGGACCGGAAGUUAGAUGACGUUGGAGAGGUCAUGCGCAACCGAGAGUUCUAUUCUGUCGGUCACCCCGUAUUCGCCAAAAAAGGAUGUGCCAACAUAAGUGAAACUGUUAAACGAUUUUCAAAAGCAACUAAAUAACCCACUACCGCUGUUGAAAAUCAUCUGAAAUAUGUAGCAUAAACAUUUUUAGUUUGUAUUGUUAGAUAUCGUAUAUUAACUUUUUAUUAACGAUUUAAAAAAGCUAUCCUGACUCAUUUUCACCCGAGGCAUAAUAUAUAUGCUCUGAAGAAUAAUCGUCACUUGUCAUCUGUUUUAUUAUCUCAAUUACAAUAGAAAGCCAACCACAUUAAUUCAUAGAAAAUCAAAACGAAUAAUUUCCGUACGAGUCUCUCUCGAAAGACGAAGUUAAGUUUCAAAAAUAUAUACUUCAUUACCUAGUUCGAUGGUUUCAUUAUUUCGUAUCAAUAAAAGAAAUAAUACUUUCAUAAAGCUAUGACACAAAUGACGUGCAUUAUCGAAUGAUGAUCCGCUAUCGACAAAUCACAACUUUUGUUCAAAUGGCAUCCAUAUUGUUUUCCUGUGUCAUACACGUUAAAUGAACGUUGCAUUAAUACUUUUAAGUUUUAUGCAAGUCCAAAAAACAUUUUGCACUCUUUUUCGUUACCAAAGCAACAACAUUUAUUGUCUUAUAAAAAUAAAAAAUAAAAUUAAA